AUGUCGACAAAGUACGCCUUUCUAUCGUUGCCCCAGGGCGUUUUCGACUCGAGCGAUCGUGAUGAUGCCAUCUCAUCUCUGCGCGGUACUGUUUCUAACGAUAAUGGCUCCGUUUUGCCUUUCAACAUCCCCGACUUCAAGAUCGGCACCCUCGACGCUCUCGUGCAGCAGGCAGACGAGCUCACAAAGCUCGAAGCUUCUUGCGAGGCAGUUGUUUCCAAGGUCGCCGACUCUUUGAAGAACGUGCUGGACGGUGACGAGGACCGUAUCGCUCAGUAUAAGAUGGUCAAUGAUAAACCGACUGACCAAUACGAGCUUGCCAAUGUUGAUACCGAUGUGAAGACAAAGUUUAACCAGUACAACUCAGUCAAGACAAACCUUGCAGCGCUGCAGCGGCGUCAGACCGGCAACCUUUCCACCAAGUCCCUGACUCCUAUCGUCGAUCCGGCUCUUCUCGUCCAGGAUUCUGAAUAUAUUGAGACGCACCUCAUCGUUGUCCCUGGAAAUGCAAAGAAGGAUUUUCUCAAGGGCUAUGAGACACUAGCUCCCAUGGUUGUCCCUCGUUCGGCUGUCGAGGUCGCCAAGGAUGACGAGUUUGUUCUCUUCGCCGUUGCGACAUUUAAGAAACAUAGCGCUGAGUUUCUUGCCAAGUGCCGAGAGCAAAAGUGGACGCCUCGCCAGUUCAAGUACGUUGAAGGUGGUCGACAAGAGGAGCAAAGGGAGCUCGAUCGAGUCACCAACGAGGAGCGCAAGGUUUGCGGAGAAGCGUUGCGUAUGGGACGAACAGGCUGGAGCGAGAGUGUCAUGAUCUGGAUCCACGUUAUAACCCUUCGAGUCUUCGUUGAAGCAGUCCUCCGAUAUGGUCUGCCUUUGGAUUACGUGACAGCUUUGGUCAAGACGACAUCUAAGCUAGCCCCCAAAGUCAAGACAGCCCUGGACUCCAAUUACUCUUUCCUCGGCGGUAACGCUUUCGGAAGAGACAAGCGUGGCAAGAUCACCAAGGACGACGCUGCACUGAGUUCAGAGAUGGCGGCCGCUGGAUUCCAAACCGGCGAGGGUCAUGAAUACACAGCAUACGUUUACUACGAAAUCGAAUUCCCUUAG